GUCAUUUGGAUAGCACUGUUUACUUAUUUAAUGGUUUGGUGGGCUUCUAUAGUGGGAUUGACUUUAGGUAUUCCAACAGAAGUUAUUGGAUUAACAGCUUUAGCUGCUGGAACAUCAAUUCCUGAUUUAAUUACUAGUGUAAUUGUAUCGAGAAAAGGUUUGGGUGAUAUGGCUGUCUCAAGCUCUAUUGGUUCAAAUCUUUUUGAUAUUUGUGUGGGUCUUCCUAUUCCUUGGUUGUUGCAUUUUUCACUGUCCGUUGCAAAGAAAGGGAUAAAAGGGACGGAUUUUAUUUCCGUUGGAUCAAACGGAUUGCUUUGUUCUAUUGGAAUUUUAUUUCUUAUGCUUAUCGUUUUGAUAGUUUCUGUGGAAUAA